UUUUUGCAGUCAAUUGGCCCCAUUCCAGAUCUUAAUAUUAGUACCAUUAGUCAACGUGAUCUUAUCUACAGCCUAACGCUGGAUAUUCCUCAACCGCAAAGUACGCAGUCUUGGCAAAUAAGUAUUUGUAUCAACUGCAACUCGGUUCUGUGUGCGAAACGAGUACAAACAGCUGGUGGUCCUGGAGCACAAUUUCUGCUCAACUCAACGUUGUUAACUAACUUCGAUGAAAUAGUACAACGUCGGAGCGAUAAAUCAUUUUCUGAUACUUUUCGUAUACUUAUAAUAGAUCAUCCACAAAAUGAAGAUACCCCUACAACACCCCCUAUUAAUUUUUCAAUCGGUUCCUUAAAAUCUAAUAUGAAUACAACGCCUGAUACCAAACAACAACGCUUACGUCAGCUACAACAAUAUUUACAACAACGCCAAAAACUGGAAAUAGCUGAAACUGACGAAAGAAUUCGCAGAUACACAGAGCAACAAUUUGCCUUACUCAAAAGUUUCCGCGAGAAAUCAGAACAAGAAUAUGAUUUAUUGGCGCGUCUUAUUCAGCGUGUAUCUGAGCAACAAGCAUAUGAGUGGUUAGAUCGCGCUCCACCUGCUUUAGAUAUUACCGUUGGUGGUGUAAAUUAUGCAUCAAUACGACGUAAUACUAUUGGUAGUAGACGUGAAUUAAAUGUCACAGCACCUACUACACCUACAACGCCGAAUCCACCGAUAUCAAAUAUAUCAGCAUUAUCUACAACUGCGCAAGCUUCUAAUACCAAAACAAGUGCCAUAGAGACGAAUAAUCAGCAGGGAAGUGCUACAGUUGUAAUGGCUGGUACAAUGACAACGGUGGGAGCGGUGGGAGCACCACAAUUUCCCACCGUACGAAAAAUGUCUAAUUUUGAUACACCACCCGCCACUCCAGAAGCCAUGCCAAUGAGUGUGGGUAAUAGUCCCACCUUUAGGCCACAACAACAGCAACCACUUUUAUUGCCAUUGGGUAGGCUAUCGAACAGUCAUUCUUUUCAGCAGCAGUUUCCCACACCAACUGCGGACGUAACUGAUGAUUGUUUCUUCGAGCUUGAAGGCUUCGAUAAUAAUAUAUCAGAAUCAACAAAUGGUUAUAAUCAUUUGUCUUACUUUUCCAAUAACCCGCCACAACAUCCUGCAUUACAACAUCAGUUACCAUUUCAGCGCAGUCUGAGCAUACAUCAUGACCAUCACAUGAGUGACUUGAAAGAAAGUGACAGUGCUGAAGAAGCUGAAGAUGCUUUGGAUUUGGAUAGUUCCAUGCCGAUACCAAUGAGUAAUGGAGAUCGCCAAGAUAAUUCAAAUUUGCUAAAUUUCGGUAAAAGCUUACCAAUCGAAAUUUCUAAUGCAGUUCGGAUUGAAAGGUCAUACAUACAGGAAUCUGACGAUGAUGAACUGGACAAUACUGUGGAUAUUGCAGCUAGCAUCAAGGCUUUAGCUAAAAGUGUACAUGGGGAGGCCGUGUUUGGAGAUUUACCACGUCCACGUUUGCGUUCGCAAAUUUAAAAUGUGUUUUGAACUAUAAUAGUUUGCUCAAAUAUUGCAAAAGAUAAAUAAAAAUGUUAGAAUUUU